AUGAGUACAAUACUUUUCACUUAUCAUUUAUCAUUCCCUUCUUCAUUUCUAGAAACAAAAGUCGUCGAUAUGCGAGGUAAACCUCUAAGCCGAGGCACAGGUGAAGGAAUACCUUAUGCCAACUUUAAGACACACAAGUUUUCCUACCUCAACAUCACUACUAUUGGCUCGGAUUAUGUUGGAAAGGGUAGCGAGUGUGGAUUUGCUUGUGUCAACCUUCCGUCGUGUUUUUCGUUUAACCUGGCUGCAUUUCAUGAUAUGAAUGGCAAAGUUCUGUGUGAAUUACUUCCAUCGGAUUUGUACAACAACUCAGACAAGCUUGUUCCUAGUCAGAGUCACCAUCACUAUAGUAUCGCAGUAAGUUGGAAACGAAAAAACGUUCACUCUGUUUUUAUAAAAGGAAAAGAGGAAUUGCUGCAAUUGCUAAGGCCGGUUUUUUAAAACUUUUUAAAAAUACGCCUAAAAGCUAACUGGUCCAAUCUGACAACAGUAACAUUUAAGCCAUGUGUUUUUCUUUUGAAGUUUCUUUAUAGUGGAAGGAGGACAGUGUGGUUAAUUGCAGAAAUAGGAAGAGGGGUUGUUUGAGCGGAAGACUUACAAAGAAUUAUUGGUAUUAGCGGGGAAGGUUUAAUUAGAGAUACUGACUAUUUGGAAACACGGUCCAUGAUUAUAUAUAAAAUGAUUGGUGCCAUAUCUUUCUCGUUUCUUUCUCUUUGGUAUAUGUUUUCUUUAGUCUCCAUGUUUGAAAUGGCCUUGUCAGAACAAUGGGAAAUGUGCAGCACAGUACGAGAAGAACAGUUACGUGUGCGUUUGCGCGAAAGGAUACACAGGGGAACAUUGCGAAACGGGUGAGACAUAAUUUAGUGUACAUUUACAACACUGCUUCAAACUUAACUGACGGCGUAAUUCUCUUCUAUUACCGGAGAAUGACUCAAAGCUUUGCUGUUUACCACUUUCUUGUCCUCAUCGAAUAUUUCCAAAUUCUCCCGUUAAUUCACUCCUACACAAGUUAAUUUCGUUUAAUGUUCAGAUAUGGACGAGUGCAGUGCUUCCAUCUGGCCCUGUGACGUCAAUGCAAACUGCCAGAACACCUAUGGCUCCCACAAGUGUUCCUGUAAAAGUGGAUUUUAUGGAAAUGGAAAAACAUGUAUACAUAGCGGUAAACCCUGUUUGUUAUUUGUUAGUCACACUACUUAGAGUCAGUUUAUUAGUUAGGCUAUAACUAAUUCCUCUCCACCAGUUUUGAUAACUUCAUCUUUUUUUAAAUAAGCUUGCGCUCACUGACCAAAAACAACAUUUUCAUACCGAAAGCUUUUGGCCUCUGGUGUAAGGCUUUCAAAGAUUUAUUUGACAAGGAGCUAGAAGAUAAAGUAAGAGAAAUGUAUGGUUUAUAAAAGAUAGGAUUAUUGCUUUGCAACAACUAACAACCAUUAUCUAUUUCACAUCUCCAAACUUUCUGGCCGAUUGUGGAUAUCAGGUGGUAAAACCGAGAAGGUGCCCCCCCCCCGCAUUUUUUUCUAUUAGACUAGAAAGCGAGGCUCUGAAAAUUGCAAUCGGUGCCCUAAAUCCGUAGUUAUAUCGAUCUACCUCUGGCUCAAAAGUUGGUCUUCAAAGAGUGUCUUAAUGUAGUGAUGGUUUUUACGGCUAACGGUUAAUAUUUUUCAUUAUGGUCACCGCAAAUUUUUUAUUUUUUUAUUUCAUUUUUUUUUUACCACCGAUAAAAACAGAAGAAGGGUGGGAACAUUGCACAAUUCGUUUCAAGUUAGAAAGAGAAUACAGAGCUAUCCUCUACAAUAUUCCCAUCAUAUGCCAGAAAGACGUAGAAAUAAAAUUAAAAUGUCCAUGCACUAUAAUAAUAAUAAUAAAAAUCAAAAAACAGAAAAUAUGAGAACUGUUUUCACUACAGGCUGGACUCUUAUCGCUCGAUUCUCAAACAGCGAUGGCAAAAAUUGGAUGCGUGACGAUGGUAGAUGGUGGUAUGACCAACAAAUUGCCCUUGGAGCGACAAACAACUCUUCAAAGAACGACGAUAUGAUUUCAACAGCCUUUUGGUCGGUCGGCGGCAGAGAAUUAAAAAUCACACGCAGUGACGACCCCAGCCACAUCCCUCUGUUACAGACCACAGGUAACUGUUUGGGUGGACAAACAUUUCGAUCUAAAAUCACAAGUUAUGGCGACUUUAGAAAUGGCAAGGUCUGGGCCACUGAUCAGUGUCUGGGAAGUUGUCCAGUUCAAUAUGGCGGACAGUACAAGUCAACAGACGGGUUUCAACAAGGUAACUGCAGUGGAGACAUCCAAAGCGCUAACAAGAUCGGCUUCUGGUGUGACUGGAGUACUGGGGAUGGAGCAGUGAUGAUGAUUGGUGGGGAGGGAGGUGGCUGUGCACGUGCUGAUCAUGGGAUUGGGAUCACAGAAGCUAACGCUGCUUCUUUCGUUGAAGAAGGAGGUAGUGAAAUUGAAUAUGACUUUGGUUACAAUGCCUUGUCAAACACCCCUCCAAACCAGUCCUACUCGUUGAACUUAUGGAUUCGUUGAAAAUUAUACGAUCUUUCUUUUUCAAACUAAGAUUAGAACUGAAGAACGUUGAAAAGGAUAAUGCUCAUUUCUUGUCAGUUUAUUAUCCUAGUUUCAUUGUCAAACGUAUAUGAAAGCUUAAACCUUCACCGUUGUACAAGGGGGGGGGGAGAGAGGGAUUGGUUGGAAGUCUCCCUUGUGUUUUAUUUACCUUGCAAUAUUUUUCAAGGUUUUUACAUUUAAUAGAUAGCCUUCGUCUACGAGAUGCUGUUGAUAUCAUGGGAUACAAAUGCAAAUCGCGCUGUUGUGAUUCGGUGACGUCAACCAACAUGGCAGACUUGUUUUAGAUUUUUCGUUUUUUAUACUAUAAAUUUUGGCUUUUUUAAAACAGCAGUAGCUUUCGAACUUGACAAAAAAUAGAAAAUAAGACUCAGAAAAUAGUUUAUAGGUUUACUGUAUUUCACUUUAAAAAUUAAAACCGUUAAUUCUCUCGUUGUUUACAUUAACCCUUAAACCACAAUUUACUUGUUAUGACGUAAUAUCUCUUCACCUUUUAAAUAUGACUUUGGUUAUGAUGCUCAAACACGUGACAAUCAAUCC